AAAACAGAUUUACAAGUAAACAAAAGCAAUGAUUAAAUAUUUACGUUAAAUUUUUUAAUUUUACUGAUAAUGGAAAAAUACGAAGUAAUAGGUUUAAUCGGAGAAGGCUCUUUUGGUCGAGUGUAUAAAGCUAAAAGAAUUUUGGAUAGUGAAAUUGUUGCUUUAAAAGUUAUACGAAAAAGAGGAAGAUCACAUAAAGAAUUGAAAGGUCUCAGAAGAGAAUGCGAAAUACAGCAACAUUUACACCAUCCGAAUAUUAUCCGAAUGGUGGAUUCGUUUGAAACGGAUAAUGAGAUCGUGGUAGUUACAGAAUUCGCACAUAAAGAACUUCAUAUAAUUUUGGGUAAAGAAGGUUUUCUACAUGAAGAUCGAGUUCGUGUAAUUGUUUGGGAUUUAGUAUCAGCAUUAUAUUAUUUACACUCACAUAGAGUACUUCAUCGUGACUUAAAACCACAAAAUAUUUUACUAGAUGUACAAGGCAAAGCUAAAUUGUGUGAUUUUGGAUUUGCCAGAAAUAUGAGUACUGGAACAUACGUAUUAACUUCCAUUAAAGGUACACCAUUGUAUAUGGCACCAGAAUUAAUUGACGAACGACCUUAUGAUCAUACCGCUGAUUUAUGGUCACUUGGGUGUAUUAUUUAUGAGUUACUUGUGGGUGUACCGCCAUUUUGUACAACAUCAAUCUUACAUUUAGUCAGUUUAAUACGCCAUGAACAAAUUCAAUGGCCCAGUUCAAUCACACCUACAUGUACAUCGUUUUUAAAGGGUUUACUCCAAAAAGAUCCUUCGAAACGAUUUAAUUGGUCAGAUAUUUUAUCACAUCCGUUUGUGGCUGGGCAUAUACUUAUUUUGGAUGAAAAAAUUGAAAAUAAUGGUUUUUUGGGAACAAUAACUUCAAGUUCUGCAUCAAAUUCGAAAGAAAAGCAGAAUAGUAACUAUGCAAUAAAACAUAAUUUGAAACCGAAAAAGAGCACAAAUGAGAGUCAAACGGAAAAAGAAUCUGAAACUGAGCACAAAAUAUACUCGAAAAAAGGAUCUUUAAAACUACUAAACCAAACAAGCAAUGAAAAUAUCAACAAUGAUAAUAAACCACGUACAGCAAAAUCUUUAAGUAAUUGGUCAGAACCAAAAAAUGAUUUAAAACCAACAAAUGUAACAAAAAGUGAUGGUGCGAAAAUCACACAAGUGAAAUCAGUAAGUACGGAAACAACAGAAUUUAAAAAUCUUCCAUCACAGCGUGAUACACAUUUAAAUAAAUUAAGUCAAAACUUGGAUAAUUUUGCAAAGAAAAUUAAUGAUCGAAAAUAUGAUGAUAAUAAAAAUCGAAAUUCAUUAGUGGAAGAUGUGUCGACGAAUGAUUCAUCAGAUACGUUGGAUAGGAAAUUAUCAAAUGUAGAUUUGGGACAACCAUUUGAACGAAAAUAUUCGAAAACAACUGUGGAAAAUAAAAAUGUGGAAAAAGAAUCAAACGAAUUAAAUGAAACGAAUAAAACACCAACCAGGACAAAUACGUUAGCAAAUUGGGAAAUUUGUGAUUUACAACAACCAAUCGAAUGUGAAGAAUGGUUGGCAUUCUUACAUAAAUCAAUGCGAGAAAUUUUAUCGAAAGAAUUAGCCUCAUUGUUACAACCAAAUUUAGCAAGUGUUAUAAUUGCACCAUUACGUAAUCCAGCAGCGAGUUCUAGUGUUAUCGAAAAUGUGGCUUGUUUAUUAUCGUUACCUUUUGUUAUUGAUGGCAUCAAAGACGAAACAUUAUCGAAAAUCAAAAACGUUUAUUUAGAAAUUAAAUUGGUACCAAAUUUAAUUUAUGCAGCACAGUUAAUAAUUCGAGUACGACGAGCGGAUAGUUCCAGUUCAAAUGAAACACCAACAAAUACAUCACAGUCAAGUUUUAAUUCAGAAAUGUUACGUUCGAUGUCCGAUUUAUCGAUUGACGAAUUACAAUCGUUAGAGAGUAUAUUUGUUUUAAUAUGUAAUUUAGUUCAUAGGGAUCUCGUAUUUGCUAGUCAAUUUUGUGAUGCUGUUGUAUUUUUAAAUGCUGUACCCAUGUUGAAGAAAUUUUUAUCAUUAUCUAAACGAAAAUUACGUGUGGUAACUGAUAUAAUUGCAAUUUUAACACAUAUUCUAUGUAUUUUACCAGAAAAUGCUGAAUUAAUUGAAAAAAUUGUACUUUCAAAUAAUACUGAUAAUAAUUGUAAGAAAGAUAAUAAAAUUGAUUUAAUUACUUUAUUAAGACAUUCAAGCCCAAUACUACGAUCACGAAUUUGUGUAUUAAUUCGGCUAUUAGCACGAUUCAGUUGUAGAGCGUUACAGAUUAAUUGGAAUGCACGUAUGAAAGAUACAUUGGAAGCGUUAAUGUACGAUUCGAUUGAAAAUGUUCGAAAUGCAGCUGAAGCGUCUGUAAAAGAAUUACAACAAUUGGCGUUUUAUGAUCAAAAUGAAAAUGAAUAAAAGUUUUAACAAAUUUUAAAUUUUAAAAAAUAAAUAAAAAUCCUCG